GAUAGAUAAACAAAAUCUUGAAGUUUAAAGAUUUUAUCUUGAAGGAAUAUUCUUGAUUGUUAAUGGAUCCACGGCUACGAAUCCUCAAACCCCAUCUUGUUCAGCUUAUUUAUAAAGCUGUAGACUUUUGAUGUUGGCUUCAAAACAAAGAAAGGCAAAAUCUUUUGAUUGGAUUUUGACUUUCUUGAGAGUAAAGGAGAGCGCUUUUUUAGAGAGAAGCUCUCAUAAAUAUAUAAUCAUGACUGUGGCAUGUUUUAUUGCAGUUAUAUGCCUAUCUUUGGUUCUUGUAAGCUAUGCCAGGCCAAUUUAUCCUUUACCUAGUAAAAUGAGCCAUAAUGAGAGACAGGCUCUACAGACUUCUCGUCCAUAUAACAUUGCACAUCGAGGAUCAAAUGGAGAAAUGCCGGAAGAAACUGCUGCUUCUUACAUGAGAGCCAUUGAAGAAGGAGCAGACUUUAUAGAAACAGAUAUCAUGGCCUCCAAAGAUGGUGUUCUGAUAUGCUUCCAUGAUGUUACCCUUGAUGACACAACUGAUGUUGCUCAACAUAAGGAGUUCGCAGAUCGUAAAAGGACAUACGAUGUUCAAGGGGUCAACACCACUGGCUUUUUUUCUGUUGAUUUUACUCUUAAAGAGCUGAAGGCAUUGCGAGUGAAACAGAGAUACUCAUAUCGCGACCAACAAUAUAAUGGAAAAUUUAAGAUUAUUACAUUUGAAGAGUUCAUAUCAAUUGCAUUGGACGCCCCGAGGGUUGUUGGAAUUUACCCAGAGAUGAAAAAUCCUGUACUUGUCAACCAGCAUGUGAAAUGGCCUGGUGGUAAGCGAUUUGAGGAUAUGUUUGUUGACACACUGAAGAAGUAUAACUACAAAGGUUCUUACAUGUCAGAAGAUUGGCAUAAACAACCUAUUUUUAUCCAAUCCUUUGCUCCAACUUCACUGGUCUACAUAUCAAAUCUAACAGACUCGCCCAAAGUCUUCUUGAUCGACGACGUUACUAUUCCAACUCAAGACACUAAUCAGUCAUACUGGGAAAUAACUUCUGAUGCUUAUCUCGACUACAUUAAGGAAUAUGUGGUCGGCAUUGGACCCUGGAAGGAUACAUUGGUUCCAGCAGCAAAUAAUUAUUUACAAGAACCUUCAGAUCUUGUGGCUCGAGCACAUGCCCGUGAUCUCCAGGUGCAUCCAUACACAUACAGAAAUGAGGAAAGUUUCUUACACUUCGACUUCCAUCAAGAUCCAUAUGCAGAAUAUGAUUUCUGGAUUAACAAGAUAGGAGUUGAUGGACUUUUUACGGAUUUUACAGGAAGUCUCCAUAGUUUCUUGGAAUGGAAUUCACCGCUCGACGGUGAUAGCAAAAGUGCAUCAAAAUUAUUGCAUAAAAUAGAAUUAAUGCUGUCCUCAUUAAAAAACUGACGAGGAUUUUUAUUUUUUGGUCAUCUUAUGUUUAGGUGCAAUUAAUUUUAGGCUUAUGCUUAUUCUAUCUAUUCCCUGGUGAGAAUAAUGAAUGUAGUUUGAUCAGAUUUUUCAAUUUCAGAUGUUGCAUAUAUUGUAUUUAAAUGUUUCUUGAUUCUUAGCUGGGGUGUGUUACUGAACCAACCAGAAUAUUGAAUCAUACUGAACCAAAAUGAUCGGUUUGAUCUAUUUAUUACUCCAUUUGUUCUCA